AUGACGGACUUAGAAAAGUCCGAGUCAAGAAGCGGCUCACAAAGACAUGUGGAAGAAGUCAAUGCGAACAUCAUGGCCCAGGCUGAUGCGCCUAUAAGCUACGAUUCCGAUGGCAUCAAAGGCAUAGUGCGAUCACCUUUUGUGCUUGGUGCGGCAGUUCUAGCUUCAUUUGGUGGCUUCUCCUUUGGUUAUGAUCAGGGUGUCAUCUCGAUCAUUCUAGUCAUGCCGCAGUUCCGCGAAUGGUUCCCCGAAACUAGUCCCGACCAUCCGAGAUACGGGUUCAACACCGGGUUCAUGACCGGUAUGCUUGAAUUCGGAGCUUUUGUCGGUUGCUUGUUUCUGCCGUACCUAGCCGACAGGAUUUCCCGGAAAUGGGCCCUGACGAUUGCAACCUUUUUCUUCUGUGUCGGCGCCAUCAUUCAGACAGCCGCUCACAACUAUGGCACCCUCGUGGCAGGUCGAACCAUAGGCGGUGUUGGUGUCGGCACUUUAGCCAUGGGUGCACCGCUUUACAUCUCCGAGAUCGCUCCUCCCAAUCUUCGAGGAUCUCUCCUUGUCCUCGAGGCAAUUUCUAUCGUUAUCGGCGCGAUUGUUGCAUACUGGAUUACAUUCGGAACAAGGAGUAUUCCCAGCGAGUGGGCUUUCAGACUUCCUUUUGCUUUGCAGAUGGUCCCGGCUCUGGUUGUUGGCCUCGGAAUACACUUUUUCCCCUUCUCUCCGCGAUGGCUUGCAAUGGUGGGCCGCGAUGAAGAUAGCCUUAGGUCUCUUACAAAGCUUCGCCAGGUUCCGGUAUCCGACGAGCGUGUUCAGACCGAGUGGAAAGGCAUUUUGUCCGAAGUUCGCUUUCAGCAGGCUAUGGUAGCCCGCGAACACCCUAGUUCAAACGCCUUUACAGCUGAGAUUGCUCAAUGGGUUGAUCUCUUCAAGCCGCGAUAUAUCAAGCGCACUACAAUUGCUCUCGCAAUACCGUUUUUUCAGCAAUUCUCGGGUAUCAACGCGUUUGUUUACUAUGCUCCUACCUUCUUCGCGGCUCUUGGACAAAAGGGAGAUAUGCCCCUGAUUCUAUCUGGCAUGGUCAACAUCUUUCAACUUGUCGCUGGCAUUGCGACCUUCCUGUUUCUUGAUCGAGUUGGCCGUAGGAGACUUGCAAUCGGCGGUGGUUUCGCCAUGGCUGUCCCACAUCUAGUCAUGGCCGGUGUUGUCGGCAAAUUUAACAACAGUUGGGACCAGAACCCUGGCAUGGGCUGGCUUGGUGUUGCUCUGAUUUACAUUUAUAUUCUCUGCUAUGCAUGCUCUUAUGGACCUCUUGCCUGGACGCUACCUGCUGAGAUAUUUCCUAACUCCAAGCGAGCCAAAGGUGUCGGUGCUGCAACGGCAAUGAUUUGGCUGGCUAAUUUUAUUAUCGGCGUCUGCGUUCCUGAGAUGCUCAUCAAGAUUGGAUGGGGUACAUACUUAUUCUUCGGGUGCUUUUGUGUUGCGGCUAGUAUCUUUUCAUACUUCAUGGUCCCAGAGACCGCGCACAAAUCCCUCGAGCAGAUUUCUGCUUUGUUUGGGGAUAAUGAUGUGGCAGAAGAGCAGGACUUGCGCCGUCGAAUUAUCGAAGAAGUCUGGACUGACCCCAAAAAUCGAGUAUCGAGUUUGAGUUCGGUUUAG